GAUAACCUAAACAAUGGUUAGUUCACUUCCAGCGGUCAAUGCUCACCAAUCAUAUUAGAAGCUCGCGUUAAUCCAAGUUCUAGAAAGGUGGUGAUUUGUUUCAAUAAAAUACGAUGAUCUGGAACACGUGUUGGGUCUUCCCAAUUAUCGUGGCAAGUAUUCAAGCGGCCACAUACAAGAUCACGUCGCAAGUGUACAUGGAUAUCUCGAUCGAUGGGCGCCCGGAGGGACGCGUGAUUAUCGGAUUGUUUGGGGAGGAUGCUCCCAAAACGGUUGAAAAUUUCAGACAGAUUUGCAUCAACGGAAUCGAUGGUAUCUCGUACAAGGGUAGCCGAUUCCACCGUGUGAUUAGGAAAUUCAUGAUACAAGGUGGUGACAUUGUAUCUGGCGAUGGUACCGGAUCUAUAAGCAUCUACGGGAAAUACUUCGAAGAUGAAAAUCUCAACAACAACCACACCAGCUCGGGCAUAAUCGCGAUGGCAAACCGUGGUCCUAAUACCAACGGAUGUCAGUUCUACAUCACCACCAUAACGGCACCAUGGCUCGAUGGGAAGCAUACAACAUUCGGCAAAGUGUUGGAUGGACAAGGUGUCGUGCACAAGGUGGAACAGCAGAGGACCGAUACGGACGAUUAUCCUGUUCCGACAAUAAUAAUCGAGGACUGUGGGGAUAAUCCAAUGGGGGAUGCAUACAUGAUAUCCGAUGAUCCCUAUGAUCUAUGGGCCUGGAUAAAAGCAUCGUACGUCCCCCUUGGUAUGAGUUUCUCAAUUCUUGCGUUUUUCCAAUACAUAAUAAGGAAAUUAGAUUUCUACUCGUAAACUUUUGCACUAAAUUGAUUUUCUAAUAAAGACUUACGAGAUCAGA